ACUGGGGUGACCAUCAUAAAAUCUCUAACCCAUUCAUUCGGUGACCCAAUUUUACAGCUCAAAAAGGACAACGCUUCGCAGAAGUAGGAGACUGUAGGAGUGAUUGAAAAUCUCAACUCGCCAAGCUACUGAAACGAACUCAACACAAUCUCACUCCUCAAAUCAAACUCAGUAGCGACCUCGAUUCAUCCAACCCUCGCUAUGAAGAAGACGCUAUGGUUCCGUCAAACCCACACUACCUUGACACUAUCCCCUACCAUUCGCGCAGCAGUUACCGGCAUUGCCACCAUAGCUGCCGUCGGCAUCAUAUUCGUUCUAAAAGAUACCAAAUCGUCUAAACCAAUUGCAUCCUUAGUUCAAUCUAACAACGCUUCCGAAAAACCGCUUUCGAUUCCCGGCUUGCAGAACCUCGGGAACAAUUGUUUCCUCAACGUCGUUUUGCAGGCUCUUGCUAGCUGUGUUUGCUUUCAGAGUUUUCUUGAUAGUGUUCUUGCAGAAUUUGAGAAUGAUGAACCGCUCGGUGAAAACAUGCCUCUUGUCUUUUCUUUGGAUUCUUUAUUACAAGAGCUGAGCUCGGUUAGUACAGAAAAUGUUGUAUUGAGUCCGACAAAUUUAAUGCGUGCUAUGUCCAGCUAUAUUCCAGAUUUUGAUCUGACGAGCCAGCAGGAUGCUGCUGAGGCGUUUGUUCAUCUACUGUGCUCUUUGAGAGAAGAAUCUGGAGGUUGUUAUGCUCCAAAGAUAAGUUCUUUAGCAGACAUUUUUGGUUCUAAUAAUAGAAUUCUUACUCCAAUACAGACGGAUUGGCAGAGUGAGCCAGAGAGAUGGCACCGCCUCUAUCUUGGACCCUUUGACGGGAUUCUUUGUAGCAGCUUAACUUGUCAAAGUUGCUCGUCCCAGAUCUCAAAUAAAUUUGAAAAUUUUGAUUGUUUGCCUCUUUCGCCCGUGCUUAGUAAUAGUUACACUAUAAGAGUUGGUUGUACACUGAUGGAUUGCCUGAAGCAGUUCAUUGUAGCUGAGCACAUUGAAAACUACCACUGCAACCACUGUUGGCAUAAGGCUGCAAUUAAGUAUCUUUCCUUGAUGGAAGGAGACAAGGUAGAACUUGGAAAACUGAGCAGAUGCUCUGACCAAGAAUUCUGCGAUUGCCAAAAAACAUAUAAUCUUGAAAAUCUACCGUGGUCAAAUAGGUUUACACAUGCUUUGAAGCAGCUAAAUAUUGCUCGGUGUCCAAGGAUUUUAUGCAUCCAGCUGAAAAGAGCUCACAUGAUUGAUCUUGGAGAGUCAUUCAAACUCCAGGGCCAUAUUUCAUUUCCAUUGAUUUUGGAUAUGUCCUCAUUCAUGACAACUAGACUAGGAGUAAAUAUACAGGAAAAUGUACAAAGUCCACCAUUAAAUAUGCAGUAUAACAAAAAAAGUUCUUUGCCAAACCAUAGCAAUGUGCAUUCUGAGAUUAGAAUGAUUAAAUCCAGUGGCAUUUAUGGAGAAGAAAAAGAGCAGAUUGAUGCAGAUACUCUUAUUGGUGAUGCAGAUACUCUUAGUAGUAGACAGGAACUUGACGAACUUCCGUGUUCUAGUUCUUCAGAAAGCCUUCACUCAAAAUCACAGUUGCAAUCCAUUGACAAGCUCGAUGUUGCUUGUAAUUCAGUUUCUCAAGACACAUGUUUGUAUCAACUUGUUUCUGUUGUGGAACACUUUGGAAAAACUGGAGGAGGGCAUUACAGUGUUUACAGAUGUGUGAGAUCCGAGUCCUCAGACGUCUUUGGUGAUUGCUUCAAUCAAAACUCAACGCACUGGUUUCGUGUUUCAGAUUCUCACGUGGAUGCUGUUUCAGUGGACGAGGUUCUUUCUGCUGAGGCCAGCUUGCUAUUCUAUGAGACAAUUCCAAAUAACUGAAAAUUAAUUCUUCUGUAUUGUUUAGGGAAGUUUUGGGUGAAGGAAAUGCAUUGUCUAUAUGUUCUUAGUUAGAGGAGUCUAUAGUGUGGCGUUGUAACACGACCAGGGCUGGUGGUACAUGUAACAAAGUUGUUCAAAUUUCCAAACAUAGGCAUGGCUCAAUACCUCGAAAAGAAAAGAAAGAAUUAAGCCUGAGCUUUUGAAGAGGGUAAUCACAAUGAAGAUGUGAUCAUGAAUCACAAGAAACUUAGGAAAGAGGAAAAAAAAGAAAAUUCUGUACUAAUACUUUUAAACUGAAAGAAUCUACCUUGUGUCUCACGAGUUUCUUGGUAGAGAUUGUGCAUUGUUAAAUGACAAUGAAAACUUUGUACCUUUAACACGAGUAUUAAAAAAAAUUAUUUGAGAGAACUAGAAUUUAAAUCUUAGUUGAAAUAAUCUUUCAAAUAUCUACCGGAAUUUGUUCA